GCACAGAGCCGUCUUGUCUGAGGGGACGCGAGCAUCGCCGUCGCUGUCGCGUUGUCCAGGGCGUCGCGCCGGACCCUGACAAGCAGCCUGAGGAGAGCCUCUGAGCCGGAUCCGGACCCCUGCGAUUGCCGCCCACUCCUCCGGCCUCUGGUCCCACGCGGGGUUUCCCGCCUCGCACCCCCCACCUCUGGAUUUGCCCCCCUCCUCUCUCCGCGUGUGGAGGGAGCCAGCGCUUAGGCCGGAGCGAGCCUGGAGGCCGCCGGCCGUGAAGGCAUCGCGCGGUCCCAUUCGCCAUGGAGGGCGCCGGCGGCGCGAACGACAAGAAAAAUAGGAUAAGCUCUGAACGCCGAAAAGAGAAGUCCAGAGAUGCAGCCAGAUCUCGGCGAAGUAAAGAGUCUGAAGUUUUUUAUGAGCUUGCUCAUCAGUUGCCACUUCCCCAUAAUGUGAGCUCGCAUCUUGAUAAGGCUUCUGUUAUGAGGCUUACCAUCAGCUAUUUGCGUGUGAGGAAACUUCUGGAUGCUGGUGAUUUGGAUAUUGAAGAUGAAAUGAAGGCACAGAUGAAUUGCUUUUAUUUGAAAGCCCUAGAUGGUUUUGUUAUGGUUCUCACAGAUGAUGGUGACAUGAUUUACAUUUCUGAUAAUGUGAACAAAUACAUGGGACUGACUCAGUUUGAACUAACUGGACACAGUGUGUUUGAUUUUACUCAUCCAUGUGACCAUGAGGAAAUGAGAGAAAUGCUUACACACAGAAAUGGCCCUGUGAAAAAGGGUAAAGAGCAAAACACACAGCGAAGCUUUUUUCUCAGAAUGAAGUGUACUCUAACUAGCCGGGGGAGAACUAUGAACAUAAAGUCUGCAACAUGGAAGGUACUUCACUGCACAGGCCAUAUUCAUGUAUAUGAUACCAAUAGUAACCAAUCUCAGUGUGGGUAUAAGAAACCACCCAUGACAUGCUUGGUGCUGAUUUGUGAACCCAUUCCUCAUCCAUCAAAUAUUGAAAUUCCUCUAGAUAGCAAGACUUUUCUCAGUCGACACAGCCUGGAUAUGAAAUUUUCUUAUUGUGAUGAAAGAAUUACUGAAUUGAUGGGAUAUGAGCCAGAAGAACUUCUGGGCCGCUCAAUUUAUGAAUAUUAUCAUGCUUUGGACUCUGAUCAUCUGACCAAAACUCAUCAUGAUAUGUUUACUAAAGGACAAGUCACUACAGGACAGUACAGGAUGCUUGCCAAAAGAGGUGGAUAUGUCUGGGUUGAAACUCAAGCAACUGUCAUAUAUAAUACCAAGAAUUCUCAACCACAGUGCAUUGUAUGUGUAAAUUAUGUUGUGAGUGGUAUUAUUCAGCACGACUUGAUUUUCUCCCUUCAACAAACAGAAUGUGUCCUCAAACCAGUUGAAUCCUCAGAUAUGAAAAUGACUCAGCUAUUCACCAAAGUUGAAUCAGAAGAUACCAGUAGCCUCUUUGAUAAACUUAAGAAGGAACCUGAUGCUUUAACUUUGCUGGCCCCAGCUGCCGGAGACACAAUCAUAUCUUUAGAUUUUGGCAGUAAUGUUAAACCUAACAGUCCCAGUGAAUAUUGUUUCUAUGUGGAUAGUGAUAUGGUCAAUGAAUUCAAGUUGGAAUUGGUAGAAAAACUUUUUGCUGAAGACACAGAAGCGAAGAAUCCAUUUUCCACUCAGGACACUGAUUUAGACUUGGAGAUGUUAGCACCCUAUAUCCCAAUGGAUGAUGACUUCCAGUUACGUUCCUUUGAUCAGCUGUCGCCAUUAGAAAGCAGUUCUGCAAGCUCUCAAAGUGUGAGCACAAUGACAGUAUUCCAGCAGACCCAGAUGCAAGAACCCACUAUUAACGCCACCACUACCACUGCCACCACUGAUGAAUUAAAAACAGUGACAAAAGAUGGUAUGGAAGACAUUAAAAUAUUGAUUGCAUCUCCAUCUCCUACCCACGUACAUAAAGAAAUUACUAGUGCCACAACAUCAUAUAAUGAUACUCAAAGUCGGACAGCCUCACCAAACAGAGCAGGAAAAGAAGUCAUAGAACAAACAGAAAAACCUCAUCCAAGAAGUCCGAAUCUUUUAUCUGUCACUUUGAGUCAAAGAACUACCGUUCCUGAGGAAGAACUAAAUCCAAAGAUACUAGCUUUGCAGAAUGCUCAGAGAAAGCGAAAAAUGGAACAUGAUGGUUCGCUUUUUCAAGCAGUAGGAAUUGUAAAUGGAACAUUAUUACAGCAGCCAGAUGAUCGUACACCUACUACAUCACUUUCUUGGAAACGUGUAAAAGGAUGCAAAUCUAGUGAACAGAGUGGAAUGGAGCAAAAGACAAUUAUAUUAAUACCCUCUGAUUUAGCAUGUAGACUGCUGGGGCAAUCAAUGGAUGAGAGUGGAUUACCACAGCUGACCAGUUAUGAUUGUGAAGUUAAUGCUCCUAUACAAGGCAGCAGAAACCUACUGCAGGGUGAAGAAUUACUCAGAGCUUUGGAUCAAGUUAACUGAGCUUUUCAUAAUCUCAUUCCUUUUUUUGGACACUGGUGGCUCAUUACCUAAAGCAGUCUAUUUAUAUUUUCUAUAUCUAAUUUUAGAAGCCUGGCUACAAUACUGCACAAACUUGGUUAGUUUAAUUUUGAUCCCCUUUCUACUUAAUUUACUUUAAUGCUCUUUUUUAGUAUGUUCUUUAAUGCCAGAUCAUAGACAGCUCAUUUUCGUAAUUCUUUGGUAUUUAAACCAUUACAUUGCAGUAGCAUCAUUUUUAAAAAUGCACCUUUUUAUUUAUUUAUUUUUGGCUAGGGAGUUUGUCCCUUAUUGAAUUAUUUUUAAUAAGAUGCCAAUAUAAUUUUUUAAAGGCAGUAACCUUUCAUCAUGAUCAUAGGCAGUUGAAAAAUUUUUACUUGGUUUUUUUUUUCACAUUUUAAAUAAACAAUAAUGCUUUGCCAGCAGUAACAUGGUAGCCACAAUUGCACAAUAUAUUUUCUUAAAAAAUACCAGCAGUUACUCAUGCAAUAUAUUCUGCAUUUAUAAAACUAGUUUUUAAGAAGAAAUUUUUUUUGGCCUAUGAAAUUGUUAAACCUGGAACGUGACAUUGUUAAUCAUAUAAUAAUGAUUCUUAAAUGCUGUAUGGUUUAUUUAAAUGGGUAAAGCCAUUUACAUGAUAUAGAAAGAUAUGCAUAUAUCUGGAAGGUAGGUGGCAUUUAUUUGGAUAAAAUUCUCAGUUCAGAGAAAUCAUCUGAUGUUUCUGUAGUCACUUUGCCAGCUCAAAAGAAAACAAUACCCUAUGUAGUUGUGGAAGUUUAUGCUAAUAUUGUGUAAUUGAUAUUAAACCUAAAUGAUCUGCCUACCCUUUUGGUAUAAAGAUACUUUGAGCAGACUGUAAAAAAGAAAAAAAAUUAUGCAUUGUUAGCAAAAUUGCCUAGUAUGUUAAUUUGCUCAAAAUAUAUUUGGUUUUAUGCACUUUGUCGCUAUUAACAUCCUUCUUUUUUCAUAUAGAUUUCAAUAAUUGAGUAAUUUUAGAAGCAUUAUUUUAGGAAUAUAUAGCUGUCACUGUAAACAUCUUGUUUUUCUAUGUACAUUGUACAAAUUUUUCAUUCCUUUUGCUCUUUGUGGUUGGAUCUAACACUAACUGUAUUGUUUUGUUACAUCAAAUAAACAUCUUCUGUGGACCAGG